GGUGUGUUGCAGUACCCCGGUUAGACCGAGAACGGCGCCGUACACCCAGCGUUGAGAGAGGACACGUUCAAACUGCUGAGACUGGCUGCUGAGACUGGAGACCACGGAUCUUUGUGCCGAAACUAACAACACAACCUUUGCCAGACUCAUGAAUUAAAACCGCUCGUUCGUGAGAGGCCAGUAGAGGACUGUGUGGAUUAAACGACGACAAGCAUGGAGUUCCCGCAGCAGCAGAAACCGGCGGGGGACAGCAAGAUCACCUACCCGCCUGGAGUGAAGGAAAUCACGGAGAAGAUAAGCAACGAUGAGGUGGUGAAACGGUUGAAGAUGGUGGUGAAGACCUACAUGGACAUGGACCAGGACAGCGAGGAGGAGAAGCAGCAGUAUCUCAACCUGGCUCUCCAUCUGGCCUCCGAGUUCUUCCUGAGGAACCCCAACAAGGACGUCCGUCUCCUGGUGGCCUGCUGCCUGGCUGACAUCUUCAGGAUCUACGCCCCCGAGGCCCCCUACACCUCACACGACAAGCUGAAGGACAUCUUCCUGUUCAUCACCAGACAGCUGAAAGGACUGGAAGACACCAAGAGCCCACAGUUCAACAGAUACUUCUACCUGCUGGAGAACCUGGCGUGGGUCAAGUCGUACAACAUCUGCUUUGAGCUGGAGGACUGCAACGACAUCUUCAUACAGCUCUUCAAGACGCUCUUCUCUGUCAUCAAUAACAGUCAUAAUCAGAAGGUCCAGAUGCACAUGUUGGAUCUGAUGAGUUCUAUAAUAAUGGAGGGAGACGGAGUCACACAGGAACUACUGGACACCAUCCUGAUCAACCUGAUACCUGCUCACAAGAACCUGAAUAAGCAGGCGUACGACUUGGCCAAGACUCUGCUGAAGAGGACCGUUCAGACCAUAGAGACAUGCAUCGCAAACUUCUUUAACCAGGUGCUGGUGAUGGGCAAGUCUUCAGUCAGCGACCUAUCAGAACACGUGUUUGAUCUAAUCCAGGAGCUGUUCUCCAUCGACCCUCUGCUACUGACGUCUGUCAUGCCUCAGCUAGAGUUUAAACUCAAGAGUAACGACGGUGAAGAGCGACUAGCUGUGGUCAGACUGCUGGCUAAGCUGUUCGGAGCCAAAGACUCAGAACUGGCCACUCAGAACAGACCGCUGUGGCAAUGCUUCCUGGGACGGUUCAAUGACAUCCAUGUUCCUGUGAGGCUCGAAUCGGUCAAGUUCGCUUCCCACUGUCUGAUGAACCAUCCAGACCUGGCCAAAGACCUCACAGAGUUCCUGAAAGUGCGAUCACAUGACCCAGAGGAGGCGAUCCGGCACGACGUGAUCGUGACGAUAAUCAACGCGGGGAAGAAAGACCUGAACCUGGUGAACGACCAGCUCCUAGGCUUCGUCAGGGAGAGGACCCUGGACAAGAGGUGGCGGGUACGUAAGGAGGCGAUGAUGGGUCUGGCCCAGUUGUUUAAGAAGUACUGUCUUCACCACGAGGCUGGAAAGGAACAGGCCCAGAAGAUCUCCUGGAUCAAAGACAAGCUGCUACACAUCUACUACCAGAACAGCAUCGACGACAAGUUGUUAGUAGAGAAGAUAUUUGCUCAGUACAUGGUUCCUCACAGUCUGGACACUGAGGAGAAGAUGAAAUGUCUUUACUACCUGUAUGCCUGUCUGGAUACCAACGCUGUCAAGGCUCUGAAUGAGAUGUGGAAAUGUCAGAACAUGUUGAGAGGUUUGGUCAGAGAACUGCUGGACCUCCACAAACUACCUGCCUCUGAAGCCAACACCACUGCCAUGUUUGGAAAGCUGAUGACCAUUAGCAAGAACCUCCCUGAUGCUGGUAAGGCCCAGGACUUCAUGAAGAGGUUUAACCAGGUGUUAGGAGAGGAUGAGAAGCUCCGAGUCCAGCUGGAUACUCUCAUCAGCCCAACCUGUUCCUGUAAACAGGCCGAACUCUGUGUGAGGGAGAUUACUCGUAAACUGACGUUCCCUAAACAACCCACCAACCCCUUCCUGGAGAUGGUGAAGUUCCUGUUGGAGCGCAUCGCCCCCGUCCACAUCGACUCAGAGGCCAUCAGUGCUCUGGUCAAGCUGCUGAAUAAGUCUAUUGAGGGGACAGCUGAUGAUGAUGAGGAAGGUGUCACACCAGAUACCGCCAUCCGCUCUGGACUGGAACUACUGAAGGUUCUGUCCUUCACCCACCCCACAGCGUUCCACUCUGCUGAGACGUAUGAGUCUCUUCUUCAGUGUCUGAAGAUGGAGGAUGACAAGGUGGCGGAGGCAGCCAUACAGAUCUUCAGGAACACCGGACAGAAAAUAGAGACCGAACUACAGCAGAUACGAUCGACCCUGAUCCCAGUCCUGCAUCAGAAGGCCAAGCGUGGAACCCCCCACCAGGCUAAACAGGCUGUCCACUGUAUCCAUGCUAUCUUCUGUAACAAGGAGGUCCAGCUGGCGCAGAUCUUUGAGCCUCUCUCUCGUAGUCUGAAUGCUGACGUCCCAGAACAGUUGAUAACCCCUCUUGUUAGUCUGGGUCAUAUCUCCCUACUGGCUCCAGAUCAGUUUGCGUCCCCCAUGAAGGCCAUCGUGGCCAACUUCAUCGUCAAGGACCUGCUCAUGAAUGACAGGUCUGUAGGGAAUAAGAAUGGGAAGCUGUGGACAUCUGAUGAGGAAGUCUCUCCUGAGGUGCUGGCUAAGGUGCAGGCCAUUAAGCUGUUGGUCCGCUGGCUCCUCGGUAUGAAGAACAGCCAGUCUAAAUCUGCCAACUCCACCCUCCGACUGCUGUCGGCCAUGUUGGUCUCAGAGGGAGACCUCACAGAACAGAAGAAGAUCAGUAAGUCAGACAUGUCUCGUCUGCGUCUGGCAGCAGGAGGAGCCAUCAUGAAGCUGGCCCAGGAACCGGUUUACCAUGACAUCAUCACACCAGAACAGUUCCAGCUCUGUGGGCUGGUUAUCAACGAUGAGUGUUACCAGGUGCGUCAGAUCUUUGCCCAGAAGUUACACCUGGCUCUGGUUAAGCUCCUCCUCCCGUUAGAGUACCUGGCCGUCUUCUCGCUGUGCGCCAAAGACCCGGUCAAGGAGAGGAGGGCCCACGCCAGACAGUGUCUGCUCAAGAACAUCAGCAUCAGGCGGGAGUUCAUCAACAACAACCCCCUGGCCCACGAUAAGAUGGUGUCUCUCCUACCAGAGUACGUGGUUCCUUAUAUGAUCCACCUGUUGGCUCAUGACCCAGACUUCACCAAGCCACAGGACUUUGAACAGCUCCGAGACCUCAAGGAGUGUCUGUGGUUCAUGCUGGAGGUGUUGAUGGUGCAGAAUGAGAACAACAGUCACGCCUUCCUGAGGAAGAUGGUGGAGAACAUCAAACAGACCAAGGACGCACAGUGUCCUGACGACCCCAAGGCUAACGAGAAGCUGUAUAUCGUGUGUGACGUGGCGUUGUUUGUGAUCGUUAACAAGUCGACCGCCUGUCACCUGGAAUCUCCUAAAGACCCCGUCCUGCCCACCAAGUUCUACACCCCGCCUGACAAGGACUUCAUCAAUGAUAAGGAGUAUUUGUCCUCAGAGGCCAGAACGGUACUGCUCACAGGAAAGCCAAAGCCAUCUCCUGUCCUGUCUACAGUGAAUAAGGCUCUGACGGUGCCAGGUAGGAGGGUCUACAACAAGACCAUCAGCUCAGACACGACCAGCAACACUAGUACCAACUCACAGCCCAACUCUCCUGCUACCAAGACCAGGGAUGUUGUGACGGAGUCGUCAGAGGGCGGAGCGAGAGAGAAUGAAGAGAACCCUGUUAUCACCAAGAAGGACGACGGGAAGAAGGAGGACACAGUGACCUCUGACCUCACCACAGGUGCGUCAACCAUCCCCAAACCUCGCCGCGGACGCCCCCCCAAGGCCACACCUUCCCCUCUGGCCAAUGAGAAGGAUGGAGGGGCAGGCAAAGGCAGGAAGAGGGCGGCACCAGCCCAGGACUCCGCUCCCUCGGGGGAGGAGCCAAACUCCAUCAAGAUCCCUAAAGCUGAGGAUGUCACGCAGAUCCUAGACCUGCAGAGGUGAGGGGAGACAGAUCCUAGACCUGCAGAGGUAAAGAGCAGAUCACUGCAGCCCAGAUCAAGACCCUAAAGAAACUCCCUCUCUCUGUAACCCCCUCUUUCUCUCUGUAACCCCCUCUUUCUCUCUGUAACCCCCUCUUUCUCUCUGUAACCCCCUCUUUCUCUCUGUAACCCCCUCUUUCUCUCUGUAACCCCCUCUUUCUCUCCCUAACCCCCUCUCUCUCUCCCUAACCCCCUCUCUCUCUCUCCCUUUCUCUCUGUAACCCCCUCUCCUCUGUAACCCUCUCUCCUCUGUAACCCUCUCUCCUCUGUAACCCUCUCCCUCUUUCUCUCUGUAACUCUCUCUCCAGCUCUUCAGGCCCCCUUCUCUCUCUCUCCAGCUCUUCAGGCCCCCUUCUCUCUCUCUCCAGCUCUUCAGGCCCCCUUCUCUCUCUCUCCAGCUCUUCAGGCCCCCUUCUCUCUCUCUCCAGCUAUUCAGGCCCCCUUCUCUCUCUCUCCAGCUCUUCAGGCCCCCUUCUCUCUCUCUCCAGCUCUUCAGGCCCCCUUCUCUCUCUCUCCAGCUCUUCAGGCCCCCCUCUCUCUCUCUCCAGCUCUUCAGGCCCCCCUCUCUCUCUCUCUCUCUCUCCAGACUGGUCUAGGAUGGAAGGCCUUGUAGUCCUGAUCUAUGUGGGUCUUAAUCUCCAAAACAUCGUUUCCUUCUUUUGUUUUCGUUGCUCUUUAUCUUUUUGUGGAGCAGUUUGUUUUUAAAAGAAAUAUUUCCAAACCGUUUUAAUCUGGUUUUGAUGACAAAACAAGUUGUUGCUUAUUAAAUUCCCCCCGGGAUAUCUAGCCUCUUCCUCCUGUCUGCUGGCCUCUUCCUCCUCUGUCCCUUCCUUCCUGUCUCUCUCCCAUCAGUGUGUUUAUUUUCUAUAGUUUAAAACUUGGCUAUUAUGUACGCUAGCCAUAUAUAUACUGUAUGUUUGGCUGUCUGAUAAACACAUACACAGUUCUUUCUCACACGUGUUAGAGGAGGGAGAAGGGAGGAAGGAGAGGAGGGAAGGGAGGAAGGAGAGGAGGGAAGGGAGGGAGGAGGGAAGGGAGGAAGGAGAGGAGGGAAGGGAGGAAGGAGAGGAGGGAAGGGAGGAAGGAGAGGAGGGAAGGGAGGAAGGAGAGGAGGGAAGGGAGGAAGGAGAGGAGGGAAGGGAGGAAGGAGAGGAGGAAUUUGGCCACUUUUCAGAAAAAGCAGGGGUUAACUGAUGAAUAGACAAACAUGACUUAUUCUUUUCCUUUCGAUCUUUUUAGCAGUCAAACAUUGAGAACUUUGAAAUUAAAAUUUGUAUUGAAUUUUAAGUCUGUUGUUUAAUUACUGGGGGGGAUGAAUGUUACAGCAACUUCUACACAUUUGGUCUGAGAAGUGACGUUAGAGAUCCCAGCUGAUCUGUGAUCGCUUGCUCUCCCCUGGCCUUCCCAGGGAGAUGGAUUCUAUCCACCACGCCUUACGGUCCAUGUUUCUUCUUCUUGCUUGUUUUGAAUAAAGGAAGUAUUUUAAAAAACGACUUCAGAAUCUCACAGACAGACCGGAAAUUCAAACAGUUUAGGGAAAAUGUUUUUAUGUGUUUCUCUUCUACAACCUUGCAAGUUUAUUUCUAUAUUUUAGUCAGAAAGUGUUUUCAUUUCUGCCAGACAUUUGUUUUUGUUGUGGAUGUUUCAGGAUGGUUUUCACAUUUAAUUUUUAUGCAGAAAAUAAAUCCCUUUUUAGAUGUAA